AUGGGAUCGUGUUGGUCGGCAUCAAGUGACGUCGAAGCUGAAUUGGCAAGACGUAGAAAUGGUCAAAAAACGGUUUAUCACAGAAGUCCUGUUGACAACAAUGUUCAAAUUCCUGUGCAUGCGCACGUUCCUGUGGUACCUUCACGAGCUUCAAAACCAUGUUACGGUGAAUAUACUUGUCCACGUUGCGGUCACUCUUGGAGCAGCAUCUUAUCCUGGCCCAACGUUUGUCAAGCUUGUAGGAAAUGUAAGACGAAUGCGCGUCCAAGAAAUCAGAGGGAAGUGCGUUCAUCUGAUAUAAAACGAAGAAAUGACUACUAUCAUAAACACCCGCAGGAAUUAUGCCAGAGAUGUCAACAGCUCGGUUAUCAAUGUAGCAACAGCAUUAAAAAAUAUUGCUAA